AUGUUUCAUAGUGACGGUGCUGACAAGAAAGAGUCCGGCCCCAUCGGACAGGGUGUAUCGGCCAGCGGAGGCAAUUCUGACCGUAGCAGCCGCAAAAUCGACUGCAUCAUCUGCUUUUCCAGCUACAACCUCACAAACCGCCUGCCGCGCAGGUUAUACUGCGGGCACAGCUUCUGCCAGACAUGCAUCAGGAGACUCGACUCGGUCACCAACGAACAAAGAUGGAUUCCGUGCCCCCAGUGCCGGCAGAAUACCCCCACACCGCGAGGAGGGGUGGCCAUGCUGGACCUGGACCUCACCGCGUUUUUGGCAGUGAAAUCCGAGAAGGACGCGCCGCGGUCAGCCGGUAAGACGAUGGACACUGACUCUGAGCUCAAACUGUUUGCCAAGAACAUGCCAAUCAGUAGCCAGCCCCUAGGCGCAUGCCAGGAGCCCAUCUCCGAGCCGCGCUUCCCGCGGAGAAUCUGCUGCAAAAACUGCUUCUGUUGUUGUUGCAGCGACUGUGUUUAA